AGGAUUCGUCAUUGAGCUUCAGCUCUUGGACGCAGGAACAGCUCCCACAGCUGCCCCAUGGAGGAACUUUCUGCCCUCAACCAUCGCAAGAGGAACAACUUUGAGGAGUUUCAGUAAAAAUCUGCCGCACACAUGAAGUUCUGUGGAGGCGGAGCGGCGCUGCUGCUGCUGCUGCUCGGCCGCUGCUGCUGCACCGACCCCGGCAGGAGAGUGUGUCAGGGAAUGAGUAACCAGCUGACGCUGUUGGGGACUCGUGAUAACCACUAUGAGAACAUGGUGAGGAUGUACUCAAACUGCUCCGUGGUCCUGGAGAACCUGGAGGUCACCUACACCCUGGAGCACCAGGACCUGUCCUUCCUCCAGUCCAUCCAGGAAGUCGGCGGUUACGUUCUGAUCGCCAUGAACGAGGCGGCGAGCAUCCCGUUGGUCAAUCUGAGGCUGAUCCGGGGCCAGAACCUCUACCAGAGCCGGUUCGCUCUGCUGGUGAUGUCCAACUACAACAGAAACCACUCGUCUGCAACCCUCAACUACACCAGCGGCCUGAAACAGCUGCAGCUCAGCAGUCUGACGGAGAUCCUGAAAGGAGGGGUAAAGAUGACCCACAAUCCCUUGCUGUGUAACACUGAGACCAUCCAGUGGUGGGACAUCCUGGACAAAGACAGCAAUCCCAGCAUGCUUUUCAAGAUGGAAAACGUAACAACACGUAAAUGUGAGAAGUGUGAUCCGGGGUGUGUUAAUGGUUCGUGUUGGGCAGCAGGACCGGAACACUGCCAGAGAUUCACCAAGCUGCAGUGUGCCGAGCAGUGCAGCAGAAGGUGUCGGGGUCCAAAACCCAUCGACUGCUGUAAUGAACACUGUGCUGCUGGCUGCACCGGACCUCGAGCCACCGAUUGCCUGGCCUGCAGAGAUUUUAAUGAUGACGGAACCUGUAAAGACGCUUGUCCUGCUUUGACAAUCUACGACCCCAAAACCCACCAGGUGGUCAACAAUCCCAAAGCCAAGUUCACCUUCGGAGCGACCUGCGUCAAGGCCUGCCCAUAUUACUACGUGGUGACAGGUGGAUCAUGUGUCCGCACCUGCAGCGCUGGAAUGCACGAGGUGGCGGAAAACGGGGUCCAACGCUGCAAAGCCUGCGACGGGCCCUGUCCUAAAGUCUGUGACGGAGUCGGGGUUGGCGCUCUGACCAACACCAUAGCCGUCAACGCCUCCAACAUUGAAUCCUUCAGGAACUGCACGAAGAUCAGCGGGGCCAUCUACCUCAUUGAAACCUCCUUUACUGGGGACGCGCACUACAAAAUCCCCCCCAUGGACCCGGCUAAACUGGAGUACUUCAGGACAGUGAAGGAAAUCUCAGGUUUCCUGAUGAUCCAGUUCUGGCCGGAGAAUCUGACCUCUCUUUCAGUGUUUGAGAACCUGGAGACUAUCAGAGGAAGAACAACACACGUUCAGCACAGUUUGGUUGUGGUGAAGGCGAAGCACCUUCGCUGGCUGGGUCUGCGCUCUCUGAAGGAGGUAAGUGCCGGGCAGGUGAUAAUAAAGGACAACUCUCAGCUCUGCUACACCGGGCACGACCAGUGGACCCGCCUCUUCAGAUCCAGUGACCAGAAAAUCAGCAUGCGCAACAACGCCCCACCAGACGUGUGCAAACAACAGAAUCAAACCUGCGACACAGAGUGCACAGAUGAGGGCUGCUGGGGUCCAGGUCCCACCAUGUGUGUCUCCUGUCAGCAUUUCGACCGAAGGGGGCGCUGUGUGGGGUUCUGUAACCUGCUGCAGGGAGAGCCCAGAGAGGUGCAGGUGAACAGCAGCUGUGUCGAGUGUCACCCAGAGUGUCUCCUAAAGACCGGGAUCCCAACCUGCCACGGACCGGGUCCAGACCAGUGUUCCCAGUGCACCCAUUUUAAAGACGGCCCCCACUGCGUGCCGCACUGUCCCCAUGGUAUGCUGGGAGAUGGAGAUACGCUGAUCUGGAAAUACCCUGACAGCACAGGCCAGUGCCAGUCCUGUCACAAGAACUGCACCCAGGGGUGUUCAGGCCCUGGACUGUCUGGAUGCACUGGUGCUGCCACCCACUCCACGUUGGCGGUGGGCGUAGUUGGUGGGCUCUUGAUUGCUGUCAUCGUGUCACUGGUAAUCUUUGUGUCGCUACGGCGACAAAGAAUCAGGAGGAAGAGGACCCUACGUCGCCUGCUACAGGAGAGAGAGCUGGUGGAGCCGUUGACGCCGAGCGGUGAAGCUCCUAACCAGGCGCUGCUGAGGAUGCUGAAGGAGACGGAGUUUAAGAAAAUCAGGGUACUCGGCUCCGGAGCCUUUGGGACCGUCUUCAAGGGUCUAUGGAUCCCAGAAGGAGAGGAUGUGAGGAUUCCAGUGGCCAUCAAAGUUCUCCGAGAGGCUACAUCACCUAAAGCUAACAAAGAAAUCCUGGAUGAGGCGUAUGUGAUGGCGAGCGUGGAUCAUCCUCAUGUGUGUCGUCUGCUGGGGAUCUGCCUGACAUCGUCGGUCCAGCUGGUGACUCAGCUGAUGCAGUACGGCUGCUUGCUGGACUAUGUCCGACACCACAGGGACCACGUUGGUGCUCAGUGGCUGCUGAACUGGUGUGUCCAGAUCGCCAAGGGGAUGAACUACCUGGAGGAACGUCACCUGGUACAUCGAGACCUGGCAGCGAGGAACGUCCUGGUGAAAACUCCUAACCAUGUCAAGAUCACUGACUUUGGCCUGGCCAAGCUGCUGACGGCUGACGAGAAGGAGUACCAUGCUGAUGGAGGAAAGGUUCCCAUUAAGUGGAUGGCAUUAGAGUCCAUCCUUCAGUGGACUUACACACAUCAGAGUGAUGUCUGGAGCUAUGGUGUGACAGUGUGGGAGCUGAUGACGUUUGGCUCCAAACCAUACGACGGCAUCCCGGCCAGUGAGAUCGCCUCGGUUCUGGAGAGAGGAGAGCGGCUACCCCAACCCCCCAUCUGCACCAUCGAUGUCUACAUGAUUAUGGUCAAAUGUUGGAUGAUCGACCCGUCCAGUCGUCCCAGGUUCAGAGAGCUGAUAGCAGAGUUCUCAAAAAUGGCCAGAGAUCCAUCCAGAUACCUGGUCAUACAGGGCGACCUCCCCAGUCCGACAGACAGCAGGUUUUACUCCCGCCUGCUCAGCUCAGAUGACAUGGAGGAUGUGGUCGAUGCGGACGAAUACCUGCUACCUUACAAAGGACUGGGUAACCAUGACAACCGUCCCUGCAAUGCCACGAAUGGGCGUCCAGUCAGAGAGAACAGCAUCGCGUUACGUUACAUCACUGAUCCCACUCAGAACUCACUGGAUAAAGAAGACUUCACAGGCCAUGAGUACAUGAACCAGAGUUUGAGUGAAACCAGCCGCAGCAGCAGGCUGUCGGAGGUUUUGAAUCCCAACUACGAGGACCUGACCCUGGGCUGGGGUGCUGCCUCGCUCCCGUUCCCGCCGGAUGAUCUGAAGCCUUUCGUCCGAGUUCCUGAGGGACCUGAAUACCUGAACACCGCCCGAAGCUCACUCCCCCUGGCCACGAGCGACAGCCUGGACAACCCGGACUACCAGGCUAACUUCCAGCCGCAGGCCACGCCCAACACCAUCUCAUUAACGGGGAAUGGCCUGUUUCUCCCGGCAGCGGAGAACCUCGAGUACCUGGGUCUGGGUGCUGCACUGCACGCCCCUGUCCGCUAGGACGCAGUUACAUUCACGCACUUCAAACUGAGUUUCUUUGGAACUAAAAUAUCGCCUACUUUGAUCUAGGCUGCUGACAGUAUUUAAGUUAGCUGUUUUAUUGUACAUUUGUCCAGGAAAUGCUGACAACCUGCACGCUGAGUGUUGCUUAACGGCAGCCAGACAGCAGUCACUGAGAAGGAGAACCAGGAUUUUCCCAGGGAUUUAAACUCACAAACGGGAUGUUUUGUUGAACUUUUAAAUGGCUUCAUUAACUUGUUUGAUGUCUCAAACAAACAAACAGAAAUAUUACUAAUAUUAUUAUUAUUGGGAAAGACACUGCUGCAUGACGGAUUCAAAAUCCAAGAGGUACCAAGCGGCAAACUCUGCGGGAGCAAAUGAACACUGAAGUAACAUAUUAGAACUCAACUUUAUAGCAGAAAUAAACAUGUUUCCAGCCUGAUGCAAGAAAACACUUUUUUGGUCUCUUUAGCUAAUUUCCCCGUUAAUGACAACUGUACAAGGGGUGAUUUUUUGAUAACUCAUCCCUUUAAAUUAUGUUAAGGCUUAAAAUUGACAGGUGGUUGCCAUCACAGGUGGCUGUUUUCAAUAACCACGCUCAUAGUAUAAUUAGCAUAAUUAGCAUCUUUGCCCCGUUUUUGGAUUAGCCGGGAGCCGGUGGAGUCUUAACUGCCAAGAUGGCGAUGGCCAGAGCCGACCACACUGAGCUUCACAGUGGCUCUUCAAAGACUCACAGUCUUUGUCUAUUUUUAAUUAUAGUCUAUGAGAGGCACAUUGACCCACUUCCAUCUUUCCUUUGCAUGAGUUUGUUUGUCGAUGCUAAAGAAAUUAGGAAAUGUUUUGGAAAUUCAUAAACUGACAUUAGCAAUCAAGCACAGAAGUUUAAAAAGUGCAGAAGCGAAGUGGGUUUACCAAAGAAUAAAACUGGAGAAUUUUCGGAAAAAGUUACAAGUUACACGAUCUGUAUUGCUUCAUGUAGUCUUGAUAAAGGUUGCGAGGGAACAGUAUUAAGGAGCACAUUAUGGAUCUGCAGCUGCAUCUGGCUUUAUCCAGCACAGUGGCGCCCCCAGCUGCUGGUGUGAAAGCUCUGCAGCUCAUGUCCAAGGACAACACUUUAUUUAUUUAUUCAGCAUUUAUAGGUGAUUUUCAUUUAGCACAUUAUAAUGUAGUAAUGAGCAGACAUAAGGAUAAUUUUAAGUGUAUAUUAAUUUUACUGUACUUGUCAACAAGUAUUACAGCUGUGUUUUAAAAUACUCAUUGGGAGUUAUAGUUGUUAACAAAUACAUUUGUAAAAACUUAGAUCUGCUAACAGGUACAUUACAGUGUGUUAUAAACCAUGUUGUGUUUGUAAAUGCUAAAUAGGAGUGUUACAAUUUAUUCUGGUCAUUAGAUCUAUUAAAUGAUUCGUUUUUAGUGUAACACUUUUUGUGUUAUAACUAGGGGUGUAUUGAAAAAUUAUGACAUUUUGUUUGGUGAUAUUGAUUCUCAGGAACACAAUCGAUUUAAAGCUCUGAAAGCUAGAUCACAGUGUUGUAAACCGAGGACUAUCAUGUUAGAUGGGACAACGAUAAGUACAAAUCCAGAUCCCUGCGUAAACCUUUCUCUACUCAGAUUUUAUGCAGAUGAUGGUGUGUUCUUUACACUAUAACACUACUAUAACAACUAUUUUUGCAAACAUCGCAAUAUAUCUGUUUGCUUACAGUAUUGCAAUAUAUUGAACCAUUACCUUUGUAUGGCCAUGCACCAGAUUUUUGACAAUUCAUAGCCCUAGUUAUGACAACAUAUCACGUUAUUCUGUUAAAUCACAAAAAGAGCAAUAUGCUGCCGAUCCUAAACUUCAAACUCAUCUAUUUCCAUCGAAUGCCUCUGCUUAGGAAAUCUUUCAUACUUGAUCUUCUAAAGUCCGAAGCUCUUGAUUUAAAACUUUAGUCCAUAAAAAGUGCUAAAUUGAAGCCACAGCGAUUCAAUUGAAGAAUAGUCGUGUUCAUAAAAACUUCAAAGAAGAAUAUUGUUAGCAGUUAUAUAAAGCGUUCGGUUCUACAUCAGAUGUCACAGUUUUUAUGCCAUAGCGCAGAUUCUCAAAGACUCCUCAUCUCUUCAGUGCAGUCUGCUGUUAGAUGAGAGAACUGAAGUGGAAACAUUUUUUAUGUCAUGCUGCAGACAUUUUGAAAGUUUCUGUUUAGAUUGGUUUUGUUUUAUUUGGAUUUCUUGUGGCUGAUACACUGCAACAGCCGGAGUUUGUGGUUUAUUGUGUACAUAGAAGGAGGAGUGGAGUUUCUUUUUGGAGAGAUAAACAGUGUUUCUGUCAGACAGGUGAACUAAUCGUGGGAUAAUCAGAGAUACAGAAAUGUAGAUACUUCAUUUGAUGCUGGUGUAAGUCUGCACGGUUGCUAUUUUGGGGUCAAGAUCUGUCAGUUAACAAUACUGAGAAAUGCAGACUGUACUAAGAUAUCGACUGUAACUCGCUUAAUUCUAAACCCAUUUUCAUGAAAUUUGGUUUGUUAUAAAGGUGAGGCAUUGUACUUAAAUCGUUUCAUUAGUAAAAUAAUAAACAAACUAGUUUUGACUUAAGUAACAACAUUUUGGUUUACCUGCUAUGUUUUUUGGUUAAUUAUCUAUCACCACUGAUUGUUCAGUGAUUUAGAUAAAUAGAGAUUUAUUACCUGACAUUUUUAGUAGUCAAUCAUAGUCUUCCUUUUUCAACAGGAAAUCAUUUAAUUCAACAUUCGUGAGAUCCAAACGGUGACAGUUGAUAUUGCACACUCACAUCAAACUGAGAACGGAGUAUCUUCAUUUCUCUAUCUGUGGAAAUAACGGUGUAAAGAUUAACAUUUGGGUUCACGUGGUAAAUUCACUAAAUCUUCAGUCGUUAUUUGAAUUGAAAUUGAAAAAAGUUAAGCUUAGAUUUCUUGUUUUACAUAUGUACCCACAUUGAUGAUUUGGUGUAAAAAGUUUUUUAUUCUGCUUUUACUUGACAAGAAUGAGCCAAACUCUGACUGUCCGAACUAUUACUUCUUGUUACACUGCUGUUAGAGGAACUGUACGGAAGCUGAGACACUGGUUGAUUAUUCUUCAGGUUCUUAAGGGCAUUUUUAUCUCAAAAUGUUCGUUGCUGCACAUCUUAAAAAAGUGUUAUUACAACGAAAGCUUUUUUGCAUUUUGGAGACUUUUUUCCCACUCAAAUGUGAAAGAAUCCAUAGAAACAAAUAGCAUCAAUUCAAUCAUAUUCAUCCUGUUGUUCACAGCGCAAUAAUAAUUUCUCAAAAAAAAGUAAAAAGAAAAGAUGUUUGUUUAUAUGAGUUGAUUAGUUGGAGAUGGACAAGGAGGUGACAACAGCAGACAAAGGUCAAAUAAUGGAAAACAAGAUAGAAAUCAAACUUUUUUUAAUUGUUUUUUAACAUAACAAAAAAAGAUAAACAGUGACAGCACAAACAUAUUGUUAAAAUUGCUUUACAAAAAAAGAAAUAAGGCAUAAGGCAAAGAAAAAGGACAAAAAUGAAUAAAAGUCUAAUAACCUAAUAACUGUGUACAGACUAGACCAAGAAAUAGUGGUUAAAAUUUUAUUUUAUUUUAUGUAUAGCUGGUGAUAACACCCCACAGUAGGUAAAGGGGUGUAAAGGACCAUUUAUAUAGUGUACAGUCUAGUGGGCAGCUGGAUGUUCUCUCUAAUGUGUCCAAAAAAGGGUUCCAUAAUUUGUAAAUUUUUUAAUUAAAUUAGAGAAAAAAACAUUUGUCUAAAAACUAAAGAACAGUAAGUCAUGAACCUGCUGGUUGGAAAGAUAUCUUUCCAUUUCAGAAGGAUCAGCCAUCGGCUAAGAAAAGUGGAAAAAAGGCCAGUCUUGACUUCUGACCGGGAAAGUGUGGGAGGUGACCCAACCUGACUGAUUUAUAAAAAGCAGUCGUUCAUUAAUUUCUGUAAAGAAAACUAAAUUAAAAUGUUACUUUUCAGAGUAAUUUCAGAUCUAGAUAUGUAUAUUGACAAAGCCUCGACUCUCUGAUAAACAGCCUCAUCCUGCAACAACCUUUGACUUUUUGAGUCAUACAUAAUAGAAAAUAUAUUCUUACAAUAAUUAUAAUCAUUACGCUUCUGAGGCGGCAGUUUGAUACCUUGAUAUCUUUGUUAUCUCAAAUAUUGAUAAAAAAUCACCACAACCGCUGACCUGAUGUUGAGAUAAUGACAAUAAUUAAAUAAUUAUCAACCAGGACGUCACUGACCUUCCGUAGAAAAUAACACUGAGGAAUUAUGUUGAAUGUCUGUGAAAGUUGUUUUAUUGUGUAGCAUUUUAGCUUUAGUUGUUCUGAAAUGUGAAUUUAGUUGUGAAGCCACAGUUUGAGAAAUCGUUGUUGUUUACAGGGCACAGCCAACUCUGAGAAAACAUUAAAGUUGCAGUUUCCUCUUUUA